AUGGAAGUAGGGCACGUCUUAGAGAGCUUUAUCUUUAGGUCCACAUAGCAAGAGGAGCCUCUUCAGCACAUCUAGUAUGCUCCCAAGAGGUGGUGACUCAUCUCCCAUUGGAUCAUCUUUUUCUCAAUGAUGGCUUGUUCAUCAAUCAAUCGGAGAUGAUUUACUUUAUAAAUUCCUAAUCUUUUUAUCUAAAAUCAUUCAACAAUUUUAGUAAUGAUAUUUUACGAAUUACAUUGAUGAUAUUUUUGUUGAUGAUUAAGUGAUUCUAGUGACUUAAUCCUUCACUAACGAUCUAUAAGAAAAUUAUGAUUUAAUCAAAUAAAAAAUAUGAAUUUUAGCUCUAGUAGGAUUCAAACCCUCAUCGCCCACCUUCAUGAGAGAGUAAAAUAAGUACUUUAAUAUCCUUAUACAGUGACAUCAUCAAGGUGUAAUGUUGUUAUAAAUAAUGAUUAUUUUAGGUGUUAAUAACUUUGAAAAGCUUCAUAACACUAGUUUAGUUGCACAUGAUUCUUUUACGAGUUUUAAGAAGUAUAUAUAAUAACAUAACAUCUUACGAUCAAUAAGCCUCUCUAUCAAGUGUGUAAGACUACUCUUUGCCCCAUGCUUGACUAGCCACCAAUGACGUAAAAGGGGAGCGACGCACACGUGUCGCCCCUAUCAGUAUGUCAUUAGCCGCUCAAGCUCACUACUUGUGGCUCUACUUGAGUGCACUUCCAACCCGCUUGUGGGCCCGACUGGCCAACGGCUUCCCUCUUUUUUUUAUCAUAUUUUUUUUCAUUUUUCUUAAAAAUAAGAUCAUAAAAAUUAUACAAAUUGACAUAAAAUCACAUAAUUAGCCACAAAUUCACAUUAACCUAAAAACUAAUUUUCAUAAUUUAACAUAAAUAUAAGUCUAUUUAUCAUGAGUUAAGGCUAAAAAUAUAUUAUUAAUUAAUUAUGAACUCAUGAUAAUUUGAAUGAUGAAAUCACCAAAAUGAGGAAGGUCAUUGAUUGACGAAAUGUGAAUUGUAUUAAACAAAAAUUAAGAAUUCAAUCACAACCAAUAGGGGCUUUUCCCUCUUGUUUUAAUAGAUGUGGGGAGAGAACAACAGCCUUGCAUAGGGGCUUCUUUGGUUGAUCCUCUUCUUGCUGCACCAAGGAAGGAGAUCCACGAUCGUUGCCCAGCACUGUCACCAUCAAAAGGGGAAGGAUGGAAGAGCUGGCCUGCCUAUGGUGUGCAGGCAGUGCCGAGGGAGAAGGUGAGAGGAGGUUAGUUCCACAGUAGGAGAGAACCACACCAAAUAUGGAAAGAGGAAGAGGUGAUCACGAAUGAGAGGGUAAGUUGGUGGCAGGUCCCUUUUUUGGGAUCAUGUGCCCUAAUGUAGGCAUGCCCCUUAUGCCCCUCUCAAUCUGCAACAAUAAUAAGUCAAUUUUAUAGUUUUGUCUUUUUAUGUUCACUAAUUCUUCUAUCAUCGAUGAUGAAACAAGGAAUAAAUAUAUGCUCAUGCUCAAGCAUCAUGAUUAUUCAUUAAUCAUCUGCCCUCCAAAAACUAUCAAUCAUAUAUUUCUCCUCUCAUUUAUCUUAAUGCUCUCAUCCUUAUAGAAAAUAGAAAAAUAAUACAAUUCAUAACCAUCAUGUGAAAAAGCAUAAGUAGAGUAUUGAAUGUGUACUCAUCAUAUUCCUGUAUUCUUUAGGUUUUAAACACUAAUGUUCUCGCCCCUUUAUUAUGAUAAUUACUCGAAUUAUCUGAAAGUGACAUCCCCACAAUAUUGAUCUAUGUGAUGUUUCAUAUAGACUAGAGCCUUUUGGAGACGAUCUUUUAGUGGCUAUAGAAUUUUAUCUCAUUCCUAGAUUAAUUUAUAUAUUUCUAUGUUAGGUAUAUGAGGAGAUCCAUAAUGCAUUAAUGAGGAGAUCUUUUACUAGAUUACGAUGCAAGCUGUUUUUUCCUUAUUCAAGCGAUGAUCUUGGUAUGUAAACAUAAAUAACAAAAGUAACAACAUCACCCUUGAAGAUAAUCCACAAACUCUGGACGUCCACAUGUGAACCGAUACUUCAAAGUGACAAUUCAAUCCUACAAUGUUGUCUAGGUGCUUUCAGAAAAAGAAGAUCACACGUUACAAGAGGCAAUAAGUAUAACCCAUCAUACGUUACAAGGGCAUUAUUCUCGACUUUGGACGAAUUCUUGAGACGACAACUGGUAGUUAUUGACCGUAUAUCCCGAUUCAACGCUUAGUAAUGAUCACACUAAAAGGAAGCCUCGUCCGGGGUGCUGGUGCUGAUGGCCAGUGUUGAAAGGACGGGAGUUAGCCGGGCCUUGGGUGUACAAACCAGCGGGUGAGCCCUAGAUAAGGUCGCCCCAUACCCCUCCGUCAUAUCCACCACCCCGCCCUCGACACUCAGGUCGAAGCAGUGUAUCACGUUCGCCAGGGUUGUGUGAAUCAGCUGCAGUGCCAGGGAUAAACCAGGGCACCUCCUCCUGCCGCUGCCAAAAGGUAAGAAGUGGUAGUGCUGGCCUCUGACGUCAAUACCGAAACUCUGCCCUUUGGCCGUGAACCUUUCCGGCCUGAACUCCAGCGGGUUCUCCCACUGGUUCGGGUCUCUCCCGAUCGCCCAAACAUUGAUCGCGAUCCCCGUGUCCGCCGGGAUGUUGUAUCCCCUGAACUUGCAUGGCGCAUUUGAUUGGCGAGGGAGGAUUGGAACGGCGGGGUGGAGCCUGAGCGUCUCUUUGA